CCCCUGCCGAGCUUGCCUUUGACGGCCACACCUCGGGUUUGCAUCCCCUCAUCACACCAUGGCGUCAACUGCGUUCGACGACGCCGUCAGGCCUUCUAAUGAUGUCUCGCGGCAGUAUGAUGUCGAGAAGAGCAUCAACCCACACUCCCAAGGUGUUGAGACAUCCAGCGAUGGCGGUCUCAAGGCGGACGACGACUCGGAGAAGUUCCAGAACGGUGUACAGCGCGUGAGAGCAAUUACAGAGAUUUGGACCAAGCAGACACUCAUUGCCAUGUUCAUUUUCAUUUUUCUCAUCGAAUUCGUCGCCUACCUGCAGAACGCCAUUGAUGCAUCACUCAACCCUUGGAUCACUUCAGCAUUCAGCCGACACGGUCUUCUCAAUGUUGCUAGUGUUAUGUCUAGCGCGCUCGGAGGCUGCAUUCCUCUUGCCGUAUCCAAGUUCAUCGAUGUCUUCGGCCGUGUCGAGGGUUUCUUCGUUAUGCUGCUCAUCAUUCUCGUCGGCAUGGCUCUCAAAGCCGCAUGCAACAACGUUCAGACAUACAUUGCCGGGCACGUAUUGUACUGGGCCGGGCACGUCGGUAUCCUCUAUGUCAACUCCAUCAUGGUGGCCGAUAUGACCACUCUCAAGAACCGCAUGGUUAUCUUCUCCCUCAACGAGACCCCUCGCAUCGCAAGCACAUUCGCCGGUCCCGCAAUUGCUGAUCUGUUCAUUAAACACAACAACUGGCGUUGGGCUUUUGGUGCCUUCAUCUUCCUCUUGAUUGCCUGCAGUCUGCCAGCCACUGGUAUCAUGAUGUACAUGUACCGGAAGGCAAAGGCAGCUGGUGUGAUUCACAAGACAAAGUCGAAUCGCACCGUUGUGCAGUCCAUCUCUCACCACUUCAUCCAGUUCGACAUCAUUGGCAUCAUCCUCAUCAUGGCGGCAUUUUGUCUCUUCUUGCUCCCAUUCACUCUCGUCUCCUACGCUCCUCAGGGCUGGAAAACGCCAUACAUCCUCGCCAUGAUAGUCCUCGGCCUCCUGCUGUUCCCUGUCUUCAUCUUCUGGGAAGCCAAGUUCACCCCUGUACCUUUCCUGCAGUGGAAGUACCUGAAGGAGCCAACAAUUAUCGGGUCAUGCGCUCUUUACGGCAUCAUGUUCAUCUCCAUCUUCAUCUGGAACGCCUACUUCCAAUCGUACCUGCUCGUCGUCCACAGGCAGAGCAUCACACACGCCGGAUACAUCCUCAACUCUUUCUCCCUCGCGUCGUCUACCUUUAGCCCGAUCGUCGCCUUCAUCAUCAGCUAUACCGGAAACUUCAAGUUGACUGCCUAUGCCGGUGUGCCCAUUGUUAUUCUCGGCACCGCGCUGCUCCUCCCCUUCCGCACACCCGACGCCAACCCCGGUGUCAUUGCCCUCACACAGGUCAUUGUCGGUAUCGGUACAGGUAUCUUCUCCAUCUGCGCUCAGCUCGCCGUCAUGGUCCCAGUCACGCACCAGGAAAUCGCCGCCGUUGUCGCGCUCUGGGGUCUUUUCGGCAGCUUCGGUUCAUCGAUUGGCUUCGCCAUUGCUGGCGCCAUGUGGAACAACAUCCUGCCUGCGCAGCUUUACGAGCGCCUACCGGAGGCUAGCAAGAUGAACGCAACUAUUAUCUUCGGAGACAUCGAGACGCAAAUCUCGUUCUUGGAUGGCACGCCUGAGCGCGAUGCAGUUGUCGGCGCUUACCAGCAUGUCAUGCGCUUGAUGUUAAUCACCGGUGUUUGCUUAGUACCGUGCUGCUUGGGUUCUAUCUAUCUGUGGAAGAACGUCAAUGUCAGGAAGUUGGAGGAGGAGAAGGGCAAGCAGACCAAGGGCACGGUCUGGUAA